AUGUAAUAGGUGCAUAUCCGCCAUUGAUAAAUUCAGAUAUUCUGAACAGUUCUGAGGGGAACAAAUUUCUUAUUUAUCCUGUGGACAAAAGAUGUACAAAUUAUGCAGACAAGUUUAUAAUAUUUUUUAAGGAAGAAAUGUUCAAAGAUCAACAAUUAGGUCAUCUGACACCACAUGACGACAACAUUAAAUAAACACCUGGAGCAAUAUAGACAAUAAAUAAGUGAGAAAACAUUAUAGGUUAUAAUUGAUUUACAGCUUAAUCACACCUUUCUGUAUUAUGUGCUGAUUCUUUUAUUGUGUAGAGAUUUACCUUGGCAUUUAUGUUGAUGCAAUAAAAUUUUCUUGUGUUAUAUAUAUACAUAAAUUGAUAACAGUGAAAUCAUCAGAAUGAGUGUUUCUUCAUUGCCGUCUGCCACUAGUGGAUCUAGUAAUCGGAGUACAUCUGUAUCCACUAACAUGUCACUUUCUCCAGGUUUAGCACCUUACAAGACUCUUUCACCUAGCAGUUCACUUGUUGCCCUUUCUAAAGUUGAGGAUGAUGAAUUAAGAGGGAAAAAGUCAGAUGAACUUGUUAGAAUUAUUCGCAGAUUAGAAUCUGAAAGUAGAUCUUUAGUUGCUGAACACAGUUGCAUAAUAAAAGAUGUGAAUAGACGUUUGCAGAUAUAUAUGCUAGAAAUCAGAGGUUUGAAAGACAUAAAUCAAAAGUUACAGGAUGACAACCAAGAGUUGCGGGACUUGUGUUGUUUUCUUGAUGAUGACCGCCAACGAAGUCGUAAACUUGCUAGAGAAUGGCAGAGAUUUGGACGAUACACAUCAAGUGUGAUGAGAAGUGAAGUUUCUACUUAUCAGCAAAAACUGGCAGAUCUAGAAAGUAAACAGGAAGAGUUGGUGUCAGAAAAUUCUGAAUUGAAAGAGCUAUGUUUAUAUUUAGACCAAGAGAGAAUGCGAUAUAACUCAAACUUAAGAGAUGACGGGGAUGGUAGUAGUAAUAGUACAACUGCCGGACUGGAAGAUAAUGGUGUGAUUAUGAAUGGUACAGGGUCAGAUGUACCAACACCUACAGAACAAAGACCAAAUCAGGACAAUACCAGACAGUAUAUCCAACAGCUGGAAGAGCAAGUUAGAAAUCUUGAAGAAGAAAAGAAACAGUUGGCACAGAAAUCUGAACGCAAUGCAGCAGAUGGGUACAGACCUCCAGUAGACCGGAAGGGUCCAAGACAAAAGUUAGAAAAUAGAUCUGCUCCAGUUGGUAAUAAUGAUGACAAUUACAGUGGCAGGAAGUCAGCCACACCUACACCAAGGGGAGAUAAUACAAGUCCAUCAAAACCUGAAGCUGUUGUUCAUGCAAUGAAGGUGUUAGAGGUUCAUGAGAAUCUCGAGAGACCCAAAGUGGACGUUGGUGGGGAAAACCUUGAUGAUACAGAAAAAGCAAUAGUCAGAGAGAUGUGCAAUGUUGUGUGGAGGAAACUUGGUGAUGCGAAUCCAGAAAAAGGGUCAGCUAAUCUGUACGAAAAUAUUCCAGCUCGACAGUCAACUAAACCUUCAUCUCAGCCCUCAUCAUCUCAACAGCGAUCUGUUUCUCAACCUAUACUAUCACGUCAACAGGUGCGAUCUCCACCCAUGCCUCAUCAAUCAGGAAGAUAUUACAAUAGUCAGCAAUCCACUCAACAACAACAAAACCAUCCAUCAUACAGUCAUAACCAUCCAACUGCUUCAAGUUCUACUGGCCAUCUCGGUCCUUACCAUGAAGAACCAAUGAGUUCUGACAUUUCACCAGGAAUAACACACACAGUUCAUUCACAGAACCUACCACCUCAUCAUCAGUACAGAUCUCCGCCCCCACCACCUGUCAAUCAUAACAGUAACCGCCCUCCACCUCCCCCUGCUAAUUACCAUUACCAGGAAAGACCACCACCUCCACCAGUUUCUCAUCAGAACUAUGAAAAUAUCCCACCACCUCUUCCACAGAAACCAAGUUCCUUUGGUCAGCAGAAUUAUGAUAGGCCAUUGAGAGCUGAUAGAGUGUCAACAACAUCAAUGUCUGAUCCACGAAAGCCAGUUGAUUCGAGAGAAAUGGCACACAAUUACAACGAUCAAAGAAGUCGUCGAGAUCAGCAAGAUGUAAACAUCCCGCAAAGAUCUAAUCCCAUGAAUCGUGAAAGAAGCAGAGAAAGAAUUCUAGAUUAUCCACCAGAAACUUCAAGGUCAUGGGAUCAAGGAAGACGACCUCAAGACUAUCCUAGAGACCCAAGGCAAAGUCAUACUUCACUUGGAUCUUACCACUAAGUGUAUAAUGUCCAAAACUACUGUAAAUUCAGAAAUUUUUGCAUGCAUUUAUUAUUGCGAUUUUUGAAGAAAGACAUAAAUGUGAGAUUUUUUUAUUGGGAUUUCAGGAAAAUCUGCAUACACUUAUAUGUAUCAAAUACAGAAUGAGAGUUCUUAUUAUUGCGAUUAUCACCCAGUCGCAUUCAUUAUUCGCAUUAAUAAAAACCUCGCAAUAAUUUCUGAAUUUACAGUAAAUAAAAAUGAUCAUUUUGAUUUCUAUGUUCACCAGUCCCUUAUAUCAACACCAGGAAUCUAGUUUUGUCCUAUAAAGUCCCUUUGAGAAGCAUUAUGACUGCAAUUCCUACACAUUUUUUCUCACUAUCAGGGAUAAUUAUUUUGAAAUCACAUCAUCAGGUAUAAAGGAUGGCCUUUUAACAUAGGAACUAUAACUAUUGGUGCUAUAACAUUUGAUAAAUGCAUUUAUUUUUGUUAGAUUUCUGCUGGCAUUUAGCCUUUUUAAAAUUUAUUAUGAUUGAACAGUUAAGUGUAAUUAAUUUACCCACAAUUUUCUUUGUUUGCAUUUAAAAGUGAAUCAAGUUAAUGAUUUUGUUUCAUUUCAGGCUGUGCAAUAUUGUGUUGAGAGAUAACUUCAACACUUAAUAUUACAGACCACAUGUAUUUUACUUAAAAUUUUAUCGUAAAUGGAGAAGAAAAAAUUGGCCCCAAUUAUGCCCUCAAUAAUGCCAUUAAUAAAAUUAUAUUUAAAUUUUUUCACCAUUUUGCUGAAUUAAUCUGGAAUUUCUUUACUUCAUGAAAACCUUACUGAACAACAAGCAACUGUGCAAUGAGGACCGAAUUUAGGUAAACAGGUUAUUUGAAUAUUGGCAGGCUUUUUUCAGAAUUUGCCAUCUUCAUUUAAAAAUAUUAUUAAAAAUAGUUGUGAUUAUGGUUUAAGUACUUCUCCAGUGAAUAAUUUUUAAAGUAAUAAAUAUUAUUGGUUUAUAAUUAUUUUUUGUGCUUUUUGAAUGAAUAAUUAUUAAUUUAAGAUUUUUUGUUUAUAUAUAUAUUUGUGAUUUUGUGUCAUUGGAUUACUGUCUCAUUGACAUAUAGUUCACAUCUCCUUUUAUUUAUAGAAAAUAUUGCAGAUUACUUAUUUUUUGGGGGUUUAUAUUUAUAGAAAUUAACCUCUAACAAAUAAGUAAUCUAAGAUUUUAGAUAUUUUAAAAUGAGGUGUAAAAGUAAACGUUCUUUGUACAAAUACACUAUUAUAUAAUACUUUAUUUUUUUUUCCGGUUUAAAAGGUAGCUUUAUAAUAUAUAAAAAUUGUAUAAACUGUAAACCAAAAACAUGUUCAAUGUUAUAGGGCAUAUUUUUGUGAACACUGCCAAAAUAAAUGUCAUCAAUGCAAUCAUAUCUUUCAUCAAACAUAACACAUUUAUUUUUGAAGUAAGGUCUCAUUAUUUUGCAUUUACAUGUAAUAUAUUGAAUAAUGUGUAGUUUACUUAUUAGACUACCUUGCAUAAUUGAUCAUAAUUGUUCAAAUCAACUGUAAGACAAUUUGCAUUUUUCUAAAACAUUUGUUUAUAAGGACCAUUCACUUUAUCAUAUUACCAUUCACUGUUGUUUUGAAAAGUUGAGAGCUGCUUUAAAUUACGAAUUUUUUUUUAAGUUCAUGAAAAGUUUUUAACUACUUAUAAAAAAACAUGUUGUUUGUUAUUUUUAAUGUUUACUUCAAGUAGCUGUCAAAAUUUUUUCUGUUGUGAUUUUUGUACAGUAUAUAUUUUAUGAAUUUGAAUAUUUCAACUGUAUAAAGUGACAGCUAUUUGUUACUCUGUAAAUAUGUACAAUGCAUUUAUUAAUUUAUUAGAUUUUGACAUAAGUAUUGAAGGUAUACUUGUACAUUUGAAAUAACGUUUGUGAAAUAGGAAAUAAGGUUUUAUUUUGUUUACCAGUACUUUCAGUAAAUAUUUGAAUGUUCUUUAUCGGUCAAUAGAAAUCAUAGGACUUUAUACUUUGUUGGAUUCUUUAUAGACUGAUUUUGGACAGGAUCACAUGAUUUCUCCCUUACAUUUUACUCUUGUUAUAAUGAAGAAUUUUUCAAUUAAAAGUAAAAACUUUGAUUUACCUUUCACAUACAUUUUAUGUCUAGAAAAUUGAAUGAAAUAGGAAUUAAAGGGAGAAAACUCCAGAAUCAAAGGUAAAGGGGGAGGUAAUGUAAUUUCUAUUGGAAAAUAUGUAGAUUUUUUACAGAAUUGUUUCCCUUUUGAUAAAAUAAACUUCAUCCAAAAUUGUAUAUUUUCUUAAGCAGGUUUUUUUUUUUGCAAUACACAUAUUGGUGUGCAUAACAACUAACAUGUUUGUACUUCAUCCAUGAGACUAUGUUUUGUUUAGUCUUUUUCAUCAGUUUUACUUUGAAAGGUCUGGGACUCGUAUUUGAUUUUGUUUGGUCCCAAGAAAGGUUAAGCAUACACUUGUAUCAUAAACCAGUGUCUUCUCAUUGGGAGUGUUCAAAUUUGUUUUAAAGACAUACUUUAUAUAACAAGUUUGAAGUCAGGUGGGGGGGGGGGGGGGGGGGGGGGGG